UGCGAGGGGCGGGGGAGAGAGAGUCUGAACCUGAGCAUCUGAGCUGUGCCUCCCAAGUUGCAAGAAGUGCUAGGGGCCUUGCCUCUGUCAGAGCUCCUCUCCCCAGAACAUUUUCACCCCUUGCCAUGGAGACGGCUGCUCUCCUGAAACUCCAGCAUGGCAACCUGGACCUCCAGGCUGGUGUGGAGAAGCAGUGGGACCCUGUGGACCUCACCCUGGAACGUGGAGACCAGACACCUGACGAGCUGGACAUUGCACUGACUUUUCCCAGGCAGGAGUCUCCACCACCACCAGCACAUGUGGGACCAGCUGGGCCAGAGAAGUGCGACUCGGAGGAAAUCACCACUUACAUCUCGGAAAACAUGACAGUGACCUCGGCUGAUGAAGAGAAGUUGCUCCUGCUCAGCAGGAACACAGAUCUCCGGCAAAUCAACAAGGAGCUGAUGAAGCUCAACCAGGAGUGGGGAGCCAUUUACCAGGCCACCCAACUGGAGAUGCAGCACAACGUGGGCAGCCUGCAAGAGGAGGUGGCCGCCCUCAAGAUGCAAGUCCAGAAGCUCUCUGCAAAGUUGGAGCAUGAGCAGAGAAAGCGGGAGUAUUAUCAGCACAUCCUCUUCCAGGAGAUGAAAUGGAGCCAGGCCUGGCAGGAGUACCUGUGGCGCCUGGACGGCCAAACGAUGCACAGCCGGGAGAUGCGCCCGCGCUCAGCGAGUCCCAAGAGAGCCUCCGAUGCCUCCGCUGACCUGUGGGGAGGGGAGAGAAGGCUGGCGCCAGGACCAGUGGUGGCCAACUUGUGCACCCCUCCAAAGGAAUCCAAAGUAUCUGCGCCCCUCCCCUGGGAGGAAUUCACAGCCCCCCUGCAUGCACUUCCCAGGAAGGGGAGCGUAACAAACCGUCCCCACGAGGAAGCAUCUCCACGGCUCUGUGGCGGCAGCAGCACCGAAGACAAGGAUCACCAGCGCUUUGCCCAGCAGAGCCGAGGCAGCACCUCAGAUGCUGAGAAGAAGGUUGCUGAUCUCAAGGAGCAGCUGGUGGCCCUGAAGUAUCAGACAGAAAUCUACAAGGCUGAAUACAUGACAGAGCAACAGGAUCGGCAGCGAAUCAAAGCAGAGAAUGCCAAGCUGCAGAAUAAAGAGGAGGAGAUGAGGCAGCAGAUGGCCUUGCUGGAGGAGCAGCUGAAGAUCUUUGAAGACGACUUCUGGAGAGAGCGAUCUGACAAGCAGAUACUGCAGCGCCUCCUGAAGAGGAAACCCGACACCAAGGAGAAACCCGCCAUCCCAGAGCAUCGCUGCAGUGGGGGCGAGAAGCCUGUGGCACCCACUUCCCCAUCCCCCUGGCGUGGGUGCUGUGGCUGCAGCUGCCACGGUGGGACCCAUGGCCGGAGAAGUGCCAUAAGCACCCCCAGGCCCCCAAAGCCAGGCCCUCGGCCCCCUACUUCUUCAGGGACUGCUAAGGGCUAACCUCCUCGGGUCGGUAUAAAAAGCAACUGGAGCAUGCCACAGGGAGUGCCACCUCUGCCUUUGCCACCCGCUCCCCUCUUGCUUAUGGCAGGCCCACCAGGAGGGGUCCCAGCCCAAGGGCAAAGCAGGCUGGCAAAUCCUUGCUGGCCAGACUCCCCUCGGCUUGCCUUCCAGCGUUGGCACAGGCCUCCUCCAUUAAAAUGGCAGGCAGGGCCACCCAGCCAGGCCUGCCCUUUUAGUGGGACGAUCACACUGGCCUGAUCCAGCUGGUCGCAGUGCCUGGUUGGCAUCCUGGGUAGAUAUAAGGGCAGCAGUGAGUCAGAGAAGGCUCUAAAAGAGGAUUAGACAAAUGCAUGGAUAAGGCGAGUAGCAGCUGCUGGCCAUGAUCCCUCCACUAGGCACCAGUUGCUGGAAACAGCAGGAAGCAGGAGUGCUCUUGCACUCGGGUCCGGCUUCUGGGCUUCCCGAGGGGCACCACAAGGGGCACCACAGUGAGGAAGGAUGCCUGCCUAGAGGGGCCACUGGCCCAAUCCAGCAGGCUGUUCUUCUAAGGGAUGCUCAUUUGUUAAAAUCUUCAGAGAGAGCAGGAAGCAUUUAUUCAGGUCCGUACCAAAACAACAGAGUGCUUCAAGGUGAACCGUAACAAGGGUGGCUACAGGAUGUGUUGACGGAUCACAGCUCUGAGGCGACUCAGAAAAAGAGUUGGGGUGGGCUGCUUGAAUUAAGGCAGAUGGGACUUGUACUCCAAAAUAUCUGGAAGGCACAAGGCUGGCCUAAGGAUUUUCAGCUCACGGGAAAGCCUCUGGUGAAGAAAUAAGCUCCCUCCUACUUUAAAUCAUCACAACCAAUCAGCAUAGCAGUGGAGUACCCAGUGAAGCCAGUAACCCUGUGAAAAUUGAUGAGCAUCCAUGGGAAAGGAGAGGCUUACCGGCAGGAAGCAGCAGAAAUUCUUGGGAAUUUCCCAGUAUGGCUUAUUGGGAUCUAUAGUGGAUUCAGGGCAAAAAAACCAGCCAGAAAUUGUUAGCAUUUGAUUUACUGUGGCAAGCCUAGAGAGAGAGUUUGUAAGUGAAGUAGGGCGGGAGGCCCAUGGGGAAGAGAGCAAUGGGGUGAAGCUCUGAAUACUCUGUACUUGGUACAAUUCACUCACUUGGCCAGGCUCCAGCAAGAGAUGAAGAUUAUGAAAACCGGAACCAUUUUAUUAUCUUUAAACAAGAUCCAUGGAAGUAACUUGCCCAAAAUAAGAUAAGUAUAGCUUACUUUUCUGAAAAGUAACUUUAUUUCCCACUUGCACAUAGGGCUGCUAGACAUCAGCCAUCUAGGGUCACAUGCACCCGACCUCAGCAGCACAAUGCACUCUGCUGGACAGAAUGCAGUAUUACUUGGGUGAUAUUUAAACUGACCGCAUUCUAAAUGACUUGUGGAUACAGUCAGCUGUGUUCUGUUUUUCUGAAUGGAAUGAACUCCGAAGCUGUAGUAAAACUAGAGAGGUACAAUCUCUAGGAAAAUCCAGUCCUAGGAGAGGAUGGCAGUGUGUGGAGCAGUGCACCUCAUGACGAGAACCUCCUUUCUGGCUAGUUACCCUGGGAUGUUUGCACGUUUUCUGGAAUAUUCUGCUGAAGUGCCCCCCACAUCACACAACAGCAGUUCAGAGCAGACCCAGGGAUCCCGUGAGAACCAGCCUUAAACAACGGGUGGGUGUGCAAGGCUCAGAAUAAUUGUGCCUGCUGUCCUCAGUGGUAAUGAGGAACUUAUACCAUUCAUGGCCUGUAAUGGACAAAACAAGAGGAAUCCUCAUGAAGAAGAAAAUGCACAUAUAUACAUUAACACACACAACAUCCCAGAGCUCUGGAAUCUCAGUCCCUGGUAACAAAAUUUAUUGUCAUGAUUGAAGACAAGGAGAAGUUUUAUAAAUGUACUCUAGCAACCUGUUGAUAAAAUAGUAAAUACUCCAUCUUUGUAGUUUAACAUCAGUUGGAACAUGGCAAGGCGGUGGGAAAGGGUUGGCUGCAAGUAACUAUCAGGCCAGGAGCAAAUCCCUCCCCCCCAAAUGCCUCCGCAGGAGACCUUCCCCAAUGCUCCCAGCAGCAGUUCCAGAAGGUCCACAGUGCCUCCCUCACAUCGCCUGGCGGACCAGCAUCCGACGUUAAGAGAAAAGAACAAGAUUGUGGUGGAAAGCUGCACACCCAUUUCAAAGCCCACAAAAUAGACACCCACAAUGUUAGAGAGUCUCCUAGGAAAAGAGCAGUUCAUCCGUACGCGCCUGGGAGAUGCUCAGCGCAUGAGCAGGCUGUGCUUUGGCCCGUCCACCCUCUCCAGCUUCUCAAAAUGCUUUCUGGCGUUGCGUAUGUUGAUCAAUGUCGCCGCAGAAGCUGAAAGAGAAGACGAUGCGAGAUGAACCACAGCAGUGUCCUUGGGGGGGGGGGUGUGCACAGAAGCAGAACAGGCUCUGUUAAAAAGGCAGCUGGGAGGGCCCCAGAACAGCACUUUUAAACUUACGUAUGGAAGGAUCCGACAUGACGACCAUCACGUAAGUGUUUGACGUAAAGAUAUCAAUGAAGGCUGCAAAAUUGGAGUUCCUGACCUCCAUGCUCUGGAAAGAUGCAGCAAGUUUACUGGGGGGGGCAGGAAGGAAGAACACCGGUCAGCCUGCAAUCCACAGGUGCUCUCUACAGUUUAGAGAAAUCUUAUGAGUUACACGGAUGCACCACUGUGGGGUGUGUGGAUUCGGGCCAGUUCACACAAGAGCUGUUUCAAUGAGAACCUUGCCACUAGCAGACCAGAGCAUGUACUGUCAUCCAUCUUUGGGAGUCAACCCUUAAAAAGGCGAUUUCUGCCUGGUGAGCAGUCAGAGUGGGCUCUGAAUAAAAGCAGCAUCUCUGCAAGUAGCAGACUGGAUUUGGCUCUGGAAGGGAUUUCAAUCAUGCUCUGGAACUGCAAGAACCACCCAAAUCCUCUUUGAAGGUCAACUCUCCCUCCCCCCAUAAAUCUUACUGUACAGGAAACUGCAAGAGAAUCACCCCCCAGUGCCAGAGGAUCAUUUUGGCCUGUUUAGGAGGCCACUUUCCAAAGUCAGAAAAUGACUGAAAAGGUAAACUCAGCAAGGAAGGAAGCUCAUUGUGGAAAACAAUCCCAGAGCCACCCAUGGAGUCACUGCCAAGGCACCUUCUUCUGGCCCAAGGCAGAGUUUUCCAAACAGCAGUCACAAGUAACAUGCUCUCACCUGCAGCUAAGCUUGAAUUGUUUAAUAAUGUUGCUGAUUUUCUCAAAUCUGUGGAUAUCACGCUGUUCUUUACAUUGAUAGUGGGAAAUUACCUGUCAUGUCCAAGGAAAAAGAUGGACACCAUUAGUUCCAUCAGAAAAACAUAACAGAAACAAGCACUCCACCUGCAUGGCAGAGACUCAGCCAAUAGAGGGAGAUGCAGAGAGAGAAAGACUCAGGACCCUCCAGACGUCUUAGGGUGUCAGGAGAGCACUUUCCACAUACUAUCCAAAAAACAGAAAGGAUCUGAGAACAUCACUCUUGGACUGCAGAACGGGAAACACCACCAGUUUUCCUGGGAGGGGGGAGGAGCUUUAUGUUCAUCCCACCAAGUCUAUGGGAAAGAAAGCUCUGCCCCCCAGAAAUCUGGGUAUCCUCCCCCAUGCAGCUUUGCAUCAAGGUGGGGCAAAGACCUUGUGGGUGCCCCAUGGAAAAGCAAGACCAAAUGGUGGCUAAAGCACCAGGCUUGAUUCUGGGAGAACAGAGUCGCUAUCUUGUCAUUGGCCAUCCCUUCCUUGAACAAACUCCUGUUUGGAAAAUGGGAACCCCAGAGCAAACACUUUGGUUUUCUUGCAUGGAAGAAUGAGAUCACGUGCUCUGGGCUGGCUCUCUGCUGUGGGCCAAUUAAACCCAGAAGAGAGAGAGACAUGAGUGCUCGCUCGCUCUCACCAGGAAAGUCGCUCUUUCAAACAGAAGAACUUCGUCGGCUUCAAUGAUCUGAGCAAAGUUCCUGAGGUUCAUCUCCAACUGCUGGACGUUGGGAAUCAGCUGGUAGACUAUACUGGACCACGCCUGCCCAAAGAGAAAGCACAGAUUAGCCACCAACUCCAUGGGCACAUGGCAGAAGUGGCGCAAGAGUCAGCCACAGCCCCAAGGGUGGCUGCUAAGCAGCAGAUAGCCCAUGGGACAAGUCUGAAGUUUAGAGGGGGGGGGCAGACUUGCUCCAGCCAAAGCAGCUCUUUUUUUCAAGUCCACUGGAGUUUGAGGAAAUUACUAGCGGGGCAGAACAUGGAGCAGAGAGAUCCAUUUAAAGCAGAAGCUGCAGAGGUUCGACUCCACAUUCAGUGACUCAGCCUCUCCUCCCCCAAAAUCUCACCCCCUGAAAAGGCAACGUGUGUUAAAGCUCUGGUUGGGCAAACAGGUCAGAGGAGCCAUAGUUCUCGCAGGUGCAGUCCAAACUUCUGUUGUGGAGCCAGAGAACAGGCGUGGAGAAGACAAUGUUUCAUGGCACCUUUGGAGACCCGUCUAUGGUUGCGUUGACUUAGGGGGAAAGGCAAGGGACCCGUCAAAUUCAUCCCAUUGUGUGGGGUGGACUACAUGAUCCACACACAAACCUAUCAGAAGGUAGGGCACCACCAUACCUACACUUGAGAACAGCUCCUGGGAUCUUGGUGCCUCUUUUCAGUUUAAGAAAGGGGAACCAAGUAUUUUUUGUGUUUUGUAAAGCGCUCUGUGUGGCCUCACAGUAAUUAAGCUACUCAAAACAUCCCCAGCAGCCCCUCAAACUUUCCUUGAAAGCCUCAAUAGGAAGAAUAUCGCACCAGCAUCCUAGCAAACGUAUCCCUUUCCUGGCCCAACUUACGUGCAGACCAAGUUUUUCUUACAGUUUUCCUGCAAGUUUUAACAAGCGGUGCGCAUACUCUAGCCAUAAACUCAAAUCCCAAGACUUGAACAAGGGUUAGGGUUUUCCACCUUCCUUUCUGUUAUCAUAUAUUCUGGGUUUGCUAGCCAUGCAGAGACCCAAGGAACUGUGGAGAACCUCCAGCCACUAGGAAUCCUACUUAAGGGGUGCCUGAGAUUUCAAGAUGUGAUGCCCACGCACUUUCAAGCCUGCUUUUGUAAUCAUAAGGGAUAGAACUUGCUCUUUUAAAAAUUAAAACAGAAGGAUUCUCCAGAAGCUGAACUGCACAUCCAAUGUUAUAAUCUGCAGUCUCUCUCUCUCUCUCACUCACACACACACACACACACACACACACAGAGAGAGAGAGAGAGAGAGAGAGAGAGAGAGAGAGAGCCUGUUGUUACCUGUA